AUGAGGAUCGGUACGUACGCGCCUAGGGACGAAGAUGUCGUGCUCACACCCUCUUCUGCCCACAGCGUCCUCAACUUGCGUAGGUGGCUCGAACUUCUCGGUAGCGAACUUGACUACGGCUAUACAACCACUGAGCAGCCGCGAGGCAACUCGCACAUCCUGCAUUCGCGCGCACGUGUGCUGGGUGGAUGCUCGUCGCACAACACGCUGAUCUCGUUCUUCCCAUUCGAUGCGGACUUGGACAACUGGCGCGACUACCAUGGCUGUCCCGACUGGGGCGCCAAGGCGAUCCAGCCAUACGGCUCGCGCCUGAAGAUGAACAUCGUGCCGAUUGCACCUCAGCAGCGCAACCAUGUCGUGCGUGACUGGGUAAAGGCAAGUGCCGAGGCUACGGGCGCGCCAGUGAUGGAAGAUAUGAAUGCUCAAAUCGCGUACCGCGGCGGCUUUGACCAGGCGGUGGGCUUCUUCAACAUCUCGUACGACCCAUACAAUGGCCACCGUAGCAGUGCGAGCACUGCUUACAUGCACCCGAUCAUGCCGCACGGCGCGACGCCCCGCAAGAAUCUGCAUCUGUUCCUCGAGACAUGGGUGCGUGCGCUGGAGUUUGAUGCACACGAUCCUCUUCGUGUGCGUGGUGUGCGGGCUGAGCAGAAGAAUGGUACGUCCAGCGUCAUUCGGGCGCGGCGCGAGGUGAUUCUUUGUGCGGGUGCAUUUGACUCGCCGCGCCUACUGCUUCUCUCGGGCAUUGGUCCCAAGAGCGAACUUGAGGCCAUUGGUAUUCCCUGCCGCCACGAUUUGCCUGGUGUGGGCCUGAACCUGAAUGACCAUCCAGAGUCCAUUAUCAUCUGGGAAACGCGCGACACGCCCUCUGAAACGGUCAUGUCGUCCGAUGCAUGCCUGUUCCUCCGCACCCAGCCGAGGGACGCCGAGCCUGUGCCACAUCCCGGCCCUGACCUCAUGUUCCACAUCUACCAGGUGCCAUUCACGGAGAAUACCGCUCGACAGGGCUACCCUGUGCCAAAGCAUGCGAUUUGCAUGACGCCCAACGCGAUGCGCUCGCGUGGUCGCGGCAAAGUCUCGCUGGCCAAUGCCGAUCCCACUACGAAGCCGCUUAUUGACUUCAAGUACUUCCAGGAUGAAGAUCAUUACGAUGAACGCCUCAUGGUCGAAGGUAUCAAGAUUGCUCGCAAAGUCGCUGAGCACCAGCUCUUCCGCCAGCACCUCGUCCGAGAAGUGGCUCCUGGGCCUGCGUGUCAAUCGGAUGCCGAUAUCAGUGCCUACGCCCGCUCUGUCGCUCAUACCGUGUACCACCCAGCAGGAACGUGCCGCAUGGGCACACCGCCUUCGAGCCAUGCUCCUGCCUCGGAGGAUGCACGCACAGUUGUCGUCGACCAGCGCGAUCUCAAGGUCGUUGGCAUGAAGGGCUUGCGUGUGUGUGAUGCUAGUGUGCUUCCCACACUGCCGUCAGUGAACCCGAUGUUGACGAUUCUAAUGGUCGCGGAACGAGGCGCUGAGCUUAUCCGAAACGAUGCAUGGGUCAAUGGCGAGCGCCGCACGGACUGGUAG